AUGGAGCUGGGCCCUCCGGAAGGCGGGUACCUGGAGCUUCUCAACAGCGACGCAGACCCCCUGCGCCUGUACCACUUCUACGACCAGAUGGACCUGGCUGGGGAAGAGGAGAUCACGCUUUCCUCCCCAGAACCCGACACGGACACCAUCAACUGUGACCAGUUCAGCAGGCUGCUGUGUGACAUAGACGGCGACGAGGAGACCCGGGAGGCAUAUGCCAACAUUGCGGAACUGGACCAGUACGUGUUCCAGGACUCCCAGCUGGAGGGCCCCAGCAAAGACAUCUUCAUAGAGCACAUAGGAUCCGACGAAGUGACCGGCGAGAGUGUGGAGGUGCUGGGGGAAGUGGGGCAGAAGAGUCAAAAAAGACCUUUCCCGGAGGAGCUGCCCACCGGCCUGAAGCAUCCGAAGCUAGCCGAGCUCCCCGCUGGGCCCAUGGUGACUGGCACUUUCCUGGCGGGGCCAGCAGGCGACUGCUCCUCCCUGCCCUGCCCUCCGCUGCCCGCCCUGCUCACCAGCCAGACCCUUCCAGAAGAAACUGACCCAACACCCAGGUCCCCCUCCAGUGCCUCAGGGGGCUGCCUGAACCUCCCUGCAGGGUCCAUCCAUUUCAUCCCCACCCUCCGCACUCUGCCCCAGGGGCUCUGGCAGAUCUCUGGGCCUGGGACAGGGGUCUCCAGCAUCGUCAUCUACCAGGGUGAGAUGCCGCAGGCCAGUCCGGCACCCCCUUCCAGCGGCCCCACUGUCCAUGGCCUCCCAACGUCCCCAGGCCGGCCCGGCUCCACCAGCCCCUUCGCUCCAUCCGCAGCCGACCUGCCCAGCAUGCCUGAACCCGCCCUGACCUACCGAGCAGACACAACAGAGGGCGAGAUGUCCCCCACCCACUGCCAGGCAGCGGGAGAGGUCUCCAACAAGCAACUCAAAUGGCCUGUGUUGGGCAGGCCCGGGCAGGGGAAGAGCUGCUGGGCCCGGGCCGUGAGCCGGGCAUGGGCCUGCGGCCAGCUGCCCCAGUAUGACUUCGUCUUCUGCGUCCCCUGCGGCUGUUUGGACCGCCCGGGAGAUGGCUACCGCCUGCAGGACCUGCUCUUAUCACUGGGCCCGGAGCCACUGGAGGUGGACGACGAGGUCUUCGGCCACAUCCUGAGGAGGCCUGACCGUGUCCUGCUGGUGCUGGAUGCCUUCGAGGACCUGGAGGCGCAGGACGGCCUCCUGCACAACGCGAGCAGCCCGGCGGCCCCUGAGCCCUGCUCCCUGCGGGCACUGCUGGCCGGCCUCUUCCAGCGGAGGCUGCUGCGGGGCUGCACCCUGCUGCUCACAGCCCGGCCCCGCGGCCGCCUGGCCCCGAGCCUGAGCAAGGCCGACACCCUGUUCGAGGUGACUGGCUUCUCGGAUGAGCAGGCCCGGGCCUACGUGGCACGUUACUUUGAGUGCCGGGGGACAGCUGAGCACCACCAGAGAGCCCUGGCCCUCCUCCAGGACCAGCCCUUCCUCCUGAGUCACGCCCACAGUCCUACUGUGUGCCGGGCGGUGUGCCAGCUCUCAGAGGCCCUGGGGGACCUGGGAGACGAGGCCGAGCCGCCCACUACGCUCACGGGACUCUUUGUGGGGCUGCUGGGCCCGGCGGCCCACGACGGCCCCCCGGGGGCCCUGGUGGGACUGGCCGAGCUGGCCUGGCAGCUGGGCCGCAGACACCAAGGCACCCUGCGGGAGGACCAACUCCCAGAGGAGGUGAGGACCUGGGCUGUGGCCAGAGGCCUCGUGCAGCCCGCCCCGGGGGCCCCAGGGACCAGGCUGACCUUCUCUAGCUUCCUACUGCAGUGCUUCCUGGGCGCCAUGUGGCUGGCCCUGAGCAGCGAGGUCAAGAGCAAGGAGCUGCCACGCUAUCUGGCCCUGACCCCCAGGAAGAAGAGGCCCUACGACAACUGGCUGGAGGGUGUGCCGCGCUUCCUGGCUGGGCUGGUCUUCCAGCCCCGCGCCCGCUGCCUGGGGGCCCUGGUGGGGCCGGCGGUGGCCGCCGUAGUGGACAAGAAGCAGAAGGUGCUAGCCAGGUACCUGCGGCGGCUGCAGCCAGGAAUGCUGUGCGCAGGGCGACUGCUGGAGCUUCUGCACUGCGCCCACGAGGCCCAGGAGGCCGUGGUCUGGUGCCACGUGGUGCAAGAGCUGCCCGCCUGCCUCUCCUUCCUGGGCACCCGGCUCACACCCCCCGACUCACACGUGCUGGCCAGGGCUUUGGAGGCCGCGGGCAGAGACUUCUUCCUGGACCUCCGCAGCACUGGCAUUGACCCCUCUGGGCUGGGGAGCCUCGUGGGACUCCGCUGUGUCACCCGUUUCAGGGCUGCCUUGAGCGACACGGUGAGACUCUGGGAGUCCCUACGGCGGCGUGGGGAGACCAAGCUGCUCCAGGCGGCAGAGGAGAAGUUCACCAUCGAGCCUUUCAAGGCCAAGUCCCUGAAGGAUGUGGAGGACCUAGACAGCCUCGUGCAGACCCAGAGGACAAGACGUUCCUUGGAAGACACUGCUGAGGACCUGCCUGCUGUCAGGGACCUAAAGAAAUUGGAAUUUGCGUUGGGCCCCACCGCGGGCCCCCAGGCCUUUCCCACACUGGUGAGGAUCCUUGCGGCCUUCUCCUCUCUGCAACAUCUGGACCUGGACUCGCUGAGCGAGAACAAGAUCGGGGACGACGGGGCAUGUGCGGGUCCAGCUCUGAGGCCCCCCUGCCCCCCACUGUGCCUCUGCAGCCUGUCCCAGAACAGCAUCACUGACGUGGGCGCCCGCACGCUGGCCGAGGCCCUGCCUUCACUCGCCGCGUCCCUCCUCAGGCUGAGCUUGUACAACAACUGCAUCUGUGACGGGGGAGCCGGGAGCCUGGCCCGCGUGCUUCCAGACAUGGUGUCCUUGCGGGUGCUAGACGUCCAGUACAACAAGUUCACGGCUGCCGGGGCCCAGCAGCUUGCUGCCAGCCUGAAGAAGUGCCCCCACGUGGAGACACUGGCAAUGUGGACGCCCACCAUCCCUUUUGGGGUUCAGGAACACUUGCAGCAACUAGACUCGCGGAUCAGCCUGAGAUGAUCCCAGCAGUGCCCUGGACGAGCAUGUUCUCUGGGGACACUGACCGCACCGGACCUUGACCU